UCGUCCGCGUGUCGGUACGGCGUGAUACGCCUCUCGCUUUCGCUCGCGCGGAUGCGUGACCUGUCGCGCAUCGUGAACCCGGCGCGAAGUGGAACAGUGCUUGCGCGCCUCCCGGAGUCGUCGUUUCGCCUUUGUCGCGACGCGCGCCGGUCCGACCGACGGGGACGAUGUCUCGGGGAUACGCAACGUUCUGAAGCGCCGUCAAGGCGACGAGCAAAACCGCAUUUUAUCAAUGUUCCGUUCUGUCUACGAGACGAGUGCCGCGGUGAAAAAUUGAUGGAGUCGAGCGAUUAGCCGAGUCGAGUGCGCGGAGUGUCCUGUGAACUGACUUCGAUGGUCUUCGAAAAUAUUGAGAUGAGGAACCCUGCGGGGUUCCUGCUCGAGGACGCCAGGCACGGAUACAUCCAAUACAUUAGUCUGAGCGAAUGUUACUUCGCGGGCAAGGGCGCAGCCCUGGUUUUACCGCCGAACGAAAGGGCUCGUCCUUCGAGGCGAGUCUCGGCGGCAGGAUGCGAUAUUCAGCAACACUUACAGUCUAUGUUCUACCUGUUGAGGCCCGAGGAGACUUUGAAGAUGGCCGUGAAACUGGAGUCGGUGCAUCCAGGAAGGACGCGAUAUCUCGUUGUCGUUUCCUGCACGGGAAGGCAGGACGCCGAAGAGAGUUGUCUCCUCGGUAUCGAUUGCCACGCCAGGGCGACCGUUGGUCUCGUACUCCGAGUUUUGGCAGACACCGCUAUCACUCUCGACGGCGAUGGGGGUUUCAAGGUCAGCGUUUGUGGCCGUCAACACAUCUUCAAGCCAGUGUCCGUUCAAGCCAUGUGGUCGGCCUUGCAGACAUUGCACAAGGUAUCCGGUAAGGCACGCGAGCAAAACUAUUUUCUAGGUGGACUGUCGCAUGACUGGGUCAGUUACUAUGAGCAACGGAUCGAGAGCGAUCGCUCGUGCCUCAACGAGUGGCAUGCCAUGGACAAUCUGGAGUCCAAGAGACCACCGUCACCGGACAGCGUACGCACCAAGCCCAGGGAGAGAGAAGAGACCGAACGCGUGAUUCGAUCGACGCUAAAGGAGAUCAUGAUGUCAGUCGAUCUUGAUGAAGUUACUUCCAAAUAUAUUAGAGGUCGACUUGAAGAGGAUCUCGACAUGGAUCUCGGGGAAUUCAAACCGUUCAUCGAUCAAGAAAUGCUUACCAUACUAGGACAAAUGGAUGCACCAACCGAGAUAUUCGAUCAUGUUUAUCUCGGGAGCGAAUGGAACGCUAGCAAUCUAGAGGAACUUCAGAAAAAUGGUGUAAGGCACAUCCUGAAUGUCACUCGGGAAAUUGACAACUUUUUUCCUGGUAUGUUCACAUAUUUGAACGUACGUGUAUAUGACGAUGAGAAGACGGAUUUGUUGAAGCACUGGGAUAAUACAUUCAAAUACAUUACUAAGGCCAAAAUGGAAGGCUCUAAGGUGUUGGUGCAUUGCAAGAUGGGAGUGUCCCGUUCUGCCUCCGUGGUGAUAGCUUAUGCGAUGAAGGCUUACAACUGGGAUUUUUCCCAGGCGUGGAAACACGUUAAGGAAAAGCGCAACUGCAUCAAACCUAACAACAGCUUCCUCCUGCAAUUGGAAACGUAUCAGGGUAUUCUAGAUGCGAUGAAAAAUAAGGAGAAGCUCCAGAGAUCCAAAUCUGACACGAAUCUGAAAUCUCCCACUUCCACAAAAGAUCAAUCAAAAAAGGAAGAGAAAUCAGAUAAUAUAGAGAAUAAUAUGCGAGAGGUUUCAGGUUCGGAGUUGAAGAAAACUAGCCAGAGACCAAAGAGUUGGUCGCCGAAUGUUAAAGUUGCUGAGAAUAUGUUACCUUCCGUUCCCUUGUCGCAGUCAUUGGAAAGUAUUGAUAAAGCAGGAAAUACGGAAGUUACUCGAGAGGAUCUUCUUCGUGGCUCGAAUCAAAAACCAGCAAUAGAACAAGAAGCUCGAAACGUUCUAAUGCCCUGCGACAACGGGCAAUCUUACAGCGUGUCGCAAAAUAAAAUAAUGCACCUACCUGCUCCAACCCCUGGCACACCUAGCGUAAAGAAUAGGAUUAGUAAGUUAGAAACUCAGGGACAGAAGAGGAAGGGUCUAGUACUCAAUUUAACUAAUCAAUUUGAAGCGGCUAGCAGUAAACCAUCAUCGCCAGGAUCCGAUACGGACGCGAAAUCUCUGCCUCAAAGUUCGAUUGCGGAGGAUAACGCGAAACCAAUCGAGAACGGUCAUUCGCAUUGCGAGCAGUCGCAGGAAACACAAGAUAUUACGGCUUCCGUUUCGAGCGGUCUUUCCGAAAAGGAAACUUGGGAUCCCGGUGAAGAACAAAGGGAAAAGAGAAAAGAGAUGAGUCAGGAGUCUACUGAGAUCAACGAUAACAAUGAAUGUCUAGUCUGGACUGCGUCCGCGGAUGUAACAUGUGCUGAUAUGUGUGAUGACAAUAAAAUUGACAAAGGCGUGAAUGUAGAAAGUGAGUGUAACGUGAGUGUAAUGGCGGAUGCGACAAUUACAACGUCGGUCACAAUGACGACGACGACUACGACGAUGACUACGACGACGACGACGACGACGUUAUCGACGUGUCAUGAUGGUUUAGGAAAGAAAAUAAAAAAGGACGGCGAUCCAUUCAGCGCCCAACUCGAUCGAGUAUUCGAUCGUGAGGAAAGACGGGGUGAACCUGUCACAAGGGAAUCUCCGAGUCGGCAAAGUUCUUGGAGUAGUUACGACAGCGCAGUGGUUCUUGACAACAAUUCGGUGCACAGCUCGUGGGCUACCUUGCCGUCGAGAAAUAGUUCCUGGGGCUCUUAUGACAUGCGGCCAUCCGAUCUACUCGGAUCCAGUGGUCUGUUCCCGUAUGACAAAGAGGAAAUCCCGUGGCAUCCGGGGACGGUAAAACGCACUAAGCAGAAAUUGGAGGAGGGUACGACCGCAGGCGAGGUAAAGCGCGUGUGCACCCAGAACUCAACGACCACGGACGAAAAGAGCGAUAGGCUAACUACUGAAAUAGAUUCUGUUGCGGUCGAGACGUACAAUCCGAUGCUGUUGCAUCACAUGCCAUCGCCGACACCGCGAAGAAGGGACUCGUCGCCUACUCAGGAACAUAAUCUUAAAGUAGAAACAAAUAGAAACUCACCGAGCCCGGUAGGUAGCAUUGACAUCUCUCUUACGUCCAUGCGUCAGAUUGGAAGACUAUCUACAAGCGCCCCCGCGCCGUCCUCCCUACCCUCCGAGUCCGAUCUGCCUUUAUCUCUGAGAUCUUGCAGAUCAGAAAGCGAGACAUCCAGUCCAUGCGUCGUCAAUACUACCCAGUGCCCUUCUGUAAAACACCAUAAAAUGGUUUUGGAAAAUCUCUGUAACAAGUCUGUGUUCAGCAAGCGUUGUCUCUCCGUGGAUGAUUCUCCGGAAGAGUGUCCACGUAGCACGUCUGGGAUAGUUAAAAAUCUGAAGAAAGAGUUUGAGGCGAAGUCGACCAAGUUGGAGAGGAGUCCCGAGAACGCGUGCGAAGGCGAAAACGCGUCGGUGACAGCACGAUCCAAAAGGGACGUAAAAAUCAGGAGUUUGCCCUCAUCGCCAGUGAUCCCGCACAACGAGUCCAAAAUCCAAUCGUCGUCCAGCGUUGGCGAAACCAAAGACAACAAGCAUGGCAGGAGGAGCGAGACAACGCCACCGUCAUCGCAGGAUAAUAUGGAAGAUCUCUCUGUUAGAGUAUUGGUGGGGAAGUAUGAGGUUGCCAGGCCAGAAUCCAGGAAGAGCUCGGACGUCCAGUUGCGCGCGCACAAAGAUAAGGAUUGGGACGCCAUGGAGGUGCAUCCGCCAGCAAAAUCGAAGAUCGCGCCCGAGUUCUCGAGAAGGUCAGCGCCGAUUAUGAUCAACAAUCACUCUGCACCUCUGUUCAACGAGACACCGGAAGCUCCCGGCAGGCCGCCGGCAGUACCUUCGCCUAGUGUAGUCAUGGCCAGCGUAGUGGCUAAAGCAGCUAGUAAAAAGCAGCAACAACACGGUAGAACCCAUCCCCUCGCUAGGUUACAGGUCAGGCCUAGGCACAGCAGUCCCGUUUACAACACCAUGUAAUACAAGAGGCGACGCUCUUUUGUUUUCGCUCGCGGAUUCUUAAGCGCAACACGAGCGCAGCGCAUCUAAUCCGGACGAGUGUACUCAUGCGAUCACGUGAGUACAUCGCCGUGACGAUGAAAUCGUGUGAUCUCUUUAUGUUGGCGAUGAAGAUAUUGGGUUUUCGGAGCCAAGACGGUUGCGCCUGUUGUUCUAAGAGUAGAUCUUUUUUUCGUUGUACUCUUUUCUUCGUCGUUAUCGCUACAAUAUCUCGUACAAGCGUCGUCCUGUUCACCGAGAAAAAUGAUUUUGUCAUUUCGAUAAUGUAUCUUAUUAUUUAUAAGACGAUAAUCUCGUAUAAGUGUUCGGAUUUUUUACUGCGAAUUAACGACAGGCGCUUUAUGUUCCUUCUCGUCAACGUGUUUCUUGGCUUGACGUUAGUUCAAUUAUUUUAAGCUGGAAAUGCAACAAUCACGAGGCUGCGCGUCGAGAAGGGGGUCAACGUAAAUUCAGGAAAGAAUAAUUGCGUCGUUAUCCUACGUCAUUUUGUCGUAAGUUAGUGGAUUCAGAAUCAAACAUGCGUUAAAUAUGAAAAGUAAUCGCGAGUAUUGUGUGGGUGACUUAACGCGAAGGACGGCAUGAAAGUUUUAGUUCGCAAGAAAAGAAGGAUAAAAGAAAAAGAACCGAGUGCUCAGUCAGGCUGUGAAUGUAAGGUCUGAGCCUCGGGCGUACGAUGACCUUUCUUCUGCUUCGCUUUCUUGAUCUUUUCUUUGUUUUUUUUUUUCGUCGAAUACGACGUUAUCGCGUGAGACGAUAAAUCUCUGAUCUUCGAAGCGACUUUGUCGAUUUUGUCGUAACGGGAAAAGUUAUUAUAUGACGAGACCUCGAGAUAAUGUAAUAUUAAGCCACACUAUUAGUAAUUUAUAGGUGAUAAUGUGAUGUAGAGUGAUGUACAGUAUGCGAGAACACGAUGUAGCGAAGUGUGUUUUCUGUUGAGCGACUGUUUUCGGAAGCAUGAGUGCGUACGGAAGGGGGUACCGAAAUUCACGAGCUUCUAAUCGUUUCCGAAACCCCGAAAAUGAUUCCUCCUGAUCUUCUGUGUCAACGGCCAUAUUUUACAUGAGCAUGAGAGUUAAUACAAAAUUAGUUAGUUGAAGGUAAUAAUGUCGUAACAAGUGGAUUAGAUUUUUCUUAAAUUGUAAGAUAAUAAUUUAGUAUUGUAUGUAUAUCGUCUCUUAUUGAGGAAUGUGUCUUAGGCAAUUUCAAUUUUAAUGAAUCUGAUCUUGUUAGAUAUCAUCGAGCUUGAAACCUGCUGCCUCACGUUUAGGAGUUUAUAUAUGGAUUGCAUCUCUGCUAUUUAUAUACAAAAAAGAACCUCUUAGGCUGAAACGAUCGUUGUUCUCGCGAAUGUAGGUACCUCUCUUACUCAUUAAUUGUUAUUAACUUGCUCUUUGUACUCCUACUACUAUAGAUUGUCUUUAUCUCGAUUAAUUCAAAUCGGUUGAUCGUGUAACGCUUUUCAACGGCUGACGAUGCAGCGAUAAUAGUGCAUCAGAAACUCCCGCUAUUGACUCCUGUAAGUAAAGAAGUACGAUGAAAUAGCGGGGAUGGAUAUGUUGAUCCUCAUGGGUGCAUGCGCAUAUUGUACUUCUUCAUCAAUCGACCCUGGAGCACAUUGUAUCUAAGUGUCAAUAUUUUUUUAAAUACAUAUCAUCGACUCAUCGUUAAUUUUGUAAAUCACGCGCGUUUCCAUCGCGUCGCGGGAUUUAGUUAGACAAAAAAUGAAGGAAACCCGAUUUAUCGCGCAAAUUAACGACCAAUUUUAUACUCUGAUGUACUCUGACGAAUGCGACCGCUGCUAAGAGGCGCUUCACGAGCGCGUCGCGAUUAUCGUAUAUAAAUAUAUUUUAUUACAAACACAUUUCUCAACCAAAUUAGGCUCGUUGAUCGUUUAGAUUGUAGAUACGGGCGAAAGAUGUCCUGGAACAUAGUAGUAUCCCGAAUAGUCUGUUGGAUCGCACCUAGAGAUUAAAUAUUGUCUACUUAUACGAUUAAGUACAAUCUGAUGCGAUUUAGGAGGAGGAGGAGGAGGAUCUGUUUUUUUUCUCUGCGAUAUCUCGCAGCCGGAGGUGACUCGUCCCCUCUUUUUAAGUGCGAGUGUUGCGAGAAGCGUAGUUUUAAAGUCUCGAAUGUUGCCCAGCGUAGUCGACGAGUUUGGAGUAUACUUGAAUGCACAAGAUAUCCAAUGAUUCCCGUAUGGAAUCCAAUGUGGGUCGGAUAUCCGAUCACGUUAAUCGCCGCAAAAGUAUUAUGAAACAGGACGUGUCGUCUACGGCGCGAGUACCGAGAAAAGAAAAAGAGGAAAAAAAAACGCGAUGCGCUUUCUGCUCUCUCACCGUGUUUGUGCGCGAGCAAUCUUUUUUCUACACCAUGUCGCUUGUCAACCGAUGGAUUUGCUCGUGUCAAGUAAGUUUGUAUUGUCACAAAUCGAUGUGCUCAGUUUUAGUAAUUGUCCCCUGACCCUUCAUACCUUGUUCCUUCGACCGCUCCAAUCCCUCGUCUCUUAAGUCUUGCUUAAGUGUGUGCGUUCGCUCGAUACGAGAACUUGCUGUCAUAUGAGAAAUGAUGAUAAAACCGUACGUUGUUCUGUAUAAAUUUUGUACUAUAGUUUGUAUUAAAUAAAAUACAUUGUUUAUUGCUUGAG